AUGGACUCCUACUCACCAACAAUAGACUCCAGCUCCAAACAACUAGACUUACUUUUAGCACAUCUUGCUAAGGAUUUUGAUAGCGUUCUCCCCAUCCCGGAUCACCUUGUAGACGACUUCAGCCAUCUUGAAGCUGAAAACCAUUCGUUAACAAAGAUGAAAAGAGUCUCAAAUAACCCUGUCACACUUGUAAACGAUUCAACCGAUUCGACAGGUGGCCAUAACACCAUCCAAGGGUCAGCCACAGAACAAGUUUUUUACGAUAAGGCUUUUAGGACGUGUGCUGAGCGAGUGAUAGGGCUUCAAGAAUGGCAAAUCUGCGUUGAAGAAAACCUUACACGCAGCGAGCACAGCCGCCAGGUGCUGCAAUAUGUCCUUGAUACUAUCAACUCCAUGCGUGAUGUGACGAGAUUGAUUCAAAAUCAGAGUGACUUUCUUAGCCUUAACGCAUCUGUGUUGCUCACAGGGUGUGCUAAGCUUGAGCGUGUGCAAACAGAACUGCAGGAAACCCUUCGCCACUUUUCUCACAUUGAUGAUCUAAUCAUUGAGACUAAGGAUUCAACCCUCAGCGCGACGUCGGCUCGCUUCUUUACUUUGUUCCAGGAUCUCGAGAAUGAAAUUCAGUUCCUGUAUAGGCAUCGCUCCUUCAAGUCUGCUCCGGAAUACGCGACAAAGCUGAUGGAAGCCCAACAGAGGGUUUUGAAAUAUCUCAAAGCUGCACUAGAAAAUUCUUUUGCAGAUGCGCUGCAGUGUGCUUUGAAUUCAGAGGCAUACAAAGGUUUGGUUAUGGGCAUAAGUUUGCCUAAUGACAUCGCCGCACGUCCUUCUCUUCAUUCCAGUGGCACGGUAUGCAAAGUACUAGACACCACGAAAGCAAGAGUCAUGUCCUUGAAGGCCGGGGCUGACAAUAUUGAAGAUCAUGAUGCCGAGAAGACUUUGGUAGGCCGGCGUUCUGUGUCGGCUACGUUGUCGGAUUGUGAGUCUUCACUCUUUUUAGCUAGCAAGGUGUUAAUCACACCAAAGGGAAUUGUGAAUACACUUGAAGAAGGUCUGCAAGUUCUAAACCAACUGUACCUCAACAAGCUUAAUGAAAAUACUUUGCUUAGACGCAUGAUUGAAAUGCAGAAGCGAUUUUCUUAUAAUGGUAACCAAACAUUUGGCGAGGAGACACUACAGCGCAUCGAAAAAAAUGUCCAGCUGCAGGAGAUUCUCAGUGCCUAUCACGAGUCGCGCAUUGCGCUUGUAAGCCCUCUUUUACAGCAAUGUCUAAGGCUUUGUUGUCAUGUAGAUGUAACGGACAUGUCAUUAUUGGAAGAGACUCUACAGCUUUUCACUCCUUCUGAAAUGCGACUUGAAAAUUUGUUCACCACAACGGGCUCUCAAAAUACUUCAAAAUUGCACUCCAAAAUGGCGGAUAGAUGGCGUAUCUUAGCGCAGAAUGUUUUUGUUUAUUCGCUACCACGACUUGUCAGUUACAUAUACGUUUUAAUGCAAGUAAUUAUAUCUCUGGAACGCGACAUGUUGGAAUCAUUAUGGAUACGGGAUGACUUUGUAGUCUGGUUGUUUCCGAAAAUGGUGUCAGAGAUGUUUGAUGGUCUGUACCGUCAGUUUCGCUCCCGAAUGCUUCGUGUGGGCGACAUCACGGAGCUCUGUUAUACAGUUGAGUAUAUUCAAACAGUUCUCACACACCAAAAUAUAGAGAACACGAAGCUUCGUGAAUUGUCUGAGUCAUGGGUAUGUAUGGUCCAAGAUACCCAGGAGCGCAUUGUUUUCCUCGCAGGGGAUUAUCUGCAGAAUGAACUUGUGUGUAAUCCACCCACCAAAGAGUUAGCAAAGCGCUAUGCGUUGGCUGGAGAAGAAACCAAAGUCUCUUCAUGCAUGGCCGGACAACUUCCUGAGUUUGCUUGUGAGGAGAUGUUCUAUGUCCCCAAUAUGUUACAAGCCUUAAAUUUUCUCAAUAUGCUUUAUCCCGCAAUUGAGUUUCCCGUGUUUUCAGACUUCGCUGAGGAGAUCAUUAACCGGUGCAUGAAGCUUGUUGAAGGGAUUAGGAAGCCCCUGAACGACUAUUGUGUGAGUGCCCCCGCGGAUGAGGGUGUGCCACCUCUAAAGGAUUGGGGAGAGGCGAAAGGGUUUCUCUGCCAGCUUGCCCACCUUCUUUACCUGCGUCAGGAACUGACGCACAUUGACGCCCAAAUCGCGGUUGUAUAUAAGUCACAGGAUUUUGCGAAGGUGGCUAUGAAACGUAAACUAGAAAUCACCCAGCCGUCGAGGGAGUCCAAGACAAAGGUCGAAGCUGAAGUGAACACUUGCGCAACACACGUUUCUCGGGCUCUGCAUAAAACGAUAGCUCGGCCACUGACAGGUGCCACAAAAAUGUCGGCAGCUGAUAGAGAAAAGGCAUUAGAAUAUAUGAACCAUAGUGCCGCGAGAGCUAAACGGCUUUUAAAUUGGUUUGUUUCACACGAUUUGGUUCUCUAUGAGAAACUUUCAGAAUGCUUGGAGGGAGGGGUAUGUGAGCUCACAAAGGAGGUGGCUGAACUACCGCCACCAUCAGUUACAUAG